GCGCUGUGAGCCAAUGGCAGUGACAGUUGCUUGUUUGUGUAUGUGGGCCUAACUGAUGGUCAGCCAGGCUGGGAGCUGCUUGGAGGACCCAUUGUACUCACAGGAUGGAGUGAGCCAGCAGCCGGCCGGAGGCCAGAGAUAACACCUGAAAAAAAGAGAAUAUUGAAGUAUAAAAGGGAUCAUCAGCAAUUGUUAUGGAGCAAAAAGGGGACUAACUGUGAACUACCUUUUGUGCCAUAAGCCUUCUAUCAUUUAUUGAAGACACAUCCUAAAGAUGGAUGAGGAGACAUUUUGUGUGUGACAGGGCAGUGACUGUGGAGGAGUUUUUAUUCGGACUGCAAAUUCAGGAUUUUGAAGAAUUCAAGAUCAUAUUUUCACAUGGCUGGAGCAAUCGCAUCAAGAAUGAGCUUCUCCUCACUGAAACGGAAACAGCCCAAAACCUUUAUCGUCAGGAUAAUCACAAUGGAUGCAGAUAUGGAGUUCAACUGUGAGGUCAAGUGGAAAGGGAAGGACCUGUUUGACCUGGUAUGUCGUACUCUGGGACUACGCGAAACAUGGUUCUUUGGGCUUCAGUACACAAUCAAAGAUACAAUAGCAUGGCUUAAGAUGGAUAAAAAGGUUCUGGAUCAUGAUGUUCCUAAAGACGAACCCGUUACAUUUCAUUUUCUUGCCAAAUUCUACCCUGAAAAUGUAGAAGAGGAGCUAGUACAGGAGAUAACACAACAUCUUUUUUUCCUGCAGGUGAAAAAGCAGAUACUUGAUGAGAAAAUCUAUUGCCCCCCGGAAGCCUCUGUGUUAUUGGCAUCAUAUGCUGUACAAGCAAAGUAUGGAGAUUAUGAUGCCUCUGUUCACAAACGUGGCUUUUUAGCUGAAGAGGAGCUGCUUCCAAAGAGGGUGAUAAACCUGUACCAAAUGACUCCUGAGAUGUGGGAGGAGAGAAUUACUGCAUGGUAUGCUGAGCAUCGAGGCCGCACCAGAGAUGAGGCUGAAAUGGAGUACCUGAAAAUUGCACAAGACACUGAAAUGUAUGGAGUAAAUUACUUCCUCAUCCGAAACAAGAAGGGCACUGAAUUGCUUCUAGGAGUGGAUGCUCUUGGACUUCACAUCUAUGAUCCAGAAAACAGACUGACACCAAAGACAUCUUUCCCCUGGAAUGAGAUCAGGAACAUAUCUUACAGUGAUAAAGAGUUUACCAUUAAGCCACUGGAUAAGAAGAUAGAUGUAUUCAAAUUUAACUCUUCUAAGCUCCGUGUCAACAAGCUGAUUCUGCAGCUCUGCAUUGGGAACCAUGACUUGUUCAUGCGCAGGAGGAAGUCAGACUCUCUGGAAGUGCAGCAGAUGAAAUCCCAGGCCCGAGAAGAGAAAGCCAGGAAGCAGAUGGAGCGCCAGAGAUUGGCAAGGGAAAAGCAGAUGAGGGAAGAAGCUGAGAGGACUCGUGAUGAGCUUGAGAGAAGGUUGCUGCAACUUAAAGAAGAGGCACAGAUGGCUAAUGAUGCAUUGAUGAGAUCGGAGGAGACUGCAGACUUGCUGGCAGAGAAGGCUCAAAUUACUGAAGAAGAAGCCAAACUCUUAGCCCAGAAAGCAGCAGAUGCAGAGCAGGAGAUGCAGAGGAUCAAAGCCACAGCUAUCCGUAGUGAGGAGGAAAAGAGGCUAAUGGAGCAAAAAGUACUUGAGACAGAAAUGCUUGCCCUGAAGAUGGCUGAGGAAUCAGAGCGAAGAGCAAAGGAAGCUGAGCAAUUAAAGCAAGACUUGCAAGAAGCCCGGGAGUCAGAACGCAGAGCUAAGCAAAAACUCCUAGAGAUUACAAGCAAAACCACCUAUACGCAAGCAGCAGCAACCACUAGCAGCUCUGUGCCUCCUGUCGACGUGCCAAGCUUCAGCAUGCUCAGCGAUAGCCUGCCCUAUGAUUUCAAGGACACAGAUAUGAAACGUCUGUCUAUGGAAAUCGAGAAGGAGAAGGUCGAGUAUAUGGAGAAGAGCCGCCACCUGCAAGAGCAGCUGAAUGAGCUGAAGACUGAAAUUGAAUCUCUAAAACUGAAGGAGAGGGAGACUGCCAUGGAUAUAAUGCAUGAAAAUGCAGGCAGCAAGCAAAACACUAUCAAAAAGGGGAGGAGAGCAGUCUGCAUCUGAGCGUGACCCAUAGUGUGUGCCAGCUCACACUGCAGAGCACACAGUGCAGAGUGGCCUUCUUUGAAGAAUUGUAAGACGUCACCAGUGUGAUGCAGACAACCGCAGUUUCCCCAAGGACAUGCUUAACAUGGGCUAGUCUCAGUGACCGAUAAGGGAAAUUAUGCAGCACUGACAUACAUCAUCACAACUGUGACAAGGGACAAUCAUGGAUAUAUCCCAACUGGCUUUUAUUAUUAUUUACCUGUGUUGUCUCUUUAUUAAGCUGAUGAAGGUUAAAACAGCAAUGCUGUGAUGAGGUCAUUGAAACGGUUUAAAAAUUUCAUUUUUUUUGUGUAUUCACAUACUACACAUUCUGAACCUACUCCCAUUCUGAACUGACAUGAACUAAGCGGUGAAAGCUAGGUAAAUGUUGAAAUGGAUUGCACAGAUUAGACCAUUUGCUCUAGUUUGCCUUCAUCCAUCUUGAGCUAUCCAUACAACUCAGGGAUGUGCAAGCUGUGUUUCUGGCUAGCUGAGCAUGCUGUGAGUUAAAGUCUAACGGGCUGGAGAGGGGCACAGGUUACUUAACCAUGUUUAACUGCUUGUAUAGAUUCAUCAGUUAUCGCAGCCUCCUGUUUCUGCUUCUUAUCUACCAAACUCACACCCUGGGCAUCUGUGGCACUACAGGAAAGGGAGGGUGCGUCAUAGGGAGAACGAAGGAGGGAGUUGUUUGAAGAGUGGAUGCUGCCAUGAAAUCUCAGUGACCUAAUUCAGUUUGCAAUGAUGGAUUUUAAAAAUAAAACUGCAGUAUUUUUAUAUGUAUAUUUUAUAUAUCCCCUCUGUCUGUCCUUGUUCCAGUUUUAAGGUUGCAGGACGUACGUGUCUGUGUGUCAGAGAGAGUGUCUCCAUAUUAUGUCUUGCAUUAUUAAUAAAAAAAAA